AUGCUUUUAUCCAUUUGUCUUGCUACAUUCAUUUCUUUCUCUCAUUGUGCACCUGUUUACAAUUCGUCUGGUUCAGUUCAGUCGCUGGCUUGGAAUAUGCCCUAUAUCAACUACAAGCCUAGUGGAGUACUACUCGAAAGCGAUGCUGUGUACGAUUACCUUGAUUCAUUAGCUGUUUUUAUUCAGUUGGCCAAUUGUAACACUGACGAGUUCCAGCAAGUUUACAAGAAUUGUUAUUUUUUUCCUGCAAAUCUGUCCUCGUCAGAGUGUGGGUCAGUGGAACUCGUUCGAUUUCUCAGACCUAGAGCCAGAGAUAGCAUUCUUGAUAUAGAGAAAAUCCCUUUUUUGAGAACCUCUUCCCAAGCAGGAAUAUUUUUAGAUCAUAAUGCCAAAAGAAUUGUCAUAGCCAUUCGAUCCGAUGUGAAUAUGAUUGACCACCUCCCAUUUAUGGCUGAUGAUAAAGCAGUUUAUUCACCAUUGAUCUACAAUUCCAAAUUUUGGAAGUCUGUUUUUGUUAACUCUACCAUUAUUUCGGCUUUGGGAAAGCAGACUGCAGAACAGUUUUAUGAUAGCAAGAAAAAUAAGGCCAAACUCCGUACGAAAACGUCUUGGGGAAAGCCUAUUUUUAAAGUUCAUGCCGGUUUCCAGGACCUUUCUAACAGAUACUUUGAGGACUUGUUUGCAGAAGUCGUACUAUUGACCAAACAGUACAAGAAUUAUCAUUUGGUAUUGACGGGUCAUUCUGUUGGUGGAGCUGUUGCCUCUAUGUUGUCAUUGACUCUUUUGGAUAUUGGAUUCAAUAAUACGCUUGUAACCUUCAACUCUCCAAAACCUUGGUCUCAAAAGUUAGCAGACCAUUACGAUUCUAUCUCUUUUACAAAAAGACUACAUUCUAGGGUGAUAUUACGGGAACAAGAUGCUCUUGUUGAUACCGAAAGAGGUCAUUUGAGAGUUUGGAACUCACAUGACGGUUUUACAGGUUUCCCUGCCAAUACUGUAAUUGAUGGAAUCGGGAUGUUUAACGGUUAUAAGCACAGCGGGUUGUCGAUAGUUACACCACAGAGAAAGUUGGUUGUCAAUCAUGAGCAUCCAACGUUCUAUCUUGAGUCUGAAUGGCGAGUCAGUUCCAUUUUACGAAACAGCCGCGUCGAUAUUGGUAUCACUGCAUCCUUUGAACCACAUAAUUUCAUUCUGCGUGAUCUGCUCGCCUGUACUAAACUCCAUAAGUGA